AUGUCAUUACUUAGCAGUGAUUCGAUGUGUGGUUUUUUGCUGCGACAGAUUAGGAAAGUUGACUUGUGCAGAGUGUGGGUAGCACGUUGCUCAUCCUCUCAAGUAAUCGCUUCAAGUAAACCUUCAAAAGAUCGACGAAAGGAUGUAGAUGAUGUGAUAUCCCCACAACAACCACAGUCCGAUUUCAGAGUUACCAGUGGAAAGCCUUCUAGUUGGAUUGAUGUAAAUCGAGAAGAAGGAGGUCGACCAGGUACUUUUCGAUCUCGUAACAUUGGUUUGGACCGAUUUUUUGAUACUCAACGUCGGCAUGAGAGACUUACAGCACGUGAUCAAUGGGCUCGAAGAAAUGUUUUAUCGGAUCGUUAUAGAAACUCUGGAGGAUCAUGGAAUAAAGAUGUUGAAAUGCCAAAAGUCGAUUAUAAACAUCUCAAUUUACCACCCAUUCAGAAGAAUCUUUACAAGGAAAAUCCUUCGGUUACAGACAGAAGCGAGAAAGAAAUAGUUGAGUGGUUUACGCAUAAUGAAGUCACGUUAAAGGGAAAUUCUUCUCCUCGCCCCAUUUUCGAAUUCAGUGAGACAGGUUUUCCUCCAGCAAUUAUAGAGAAGCUCAAAAAAGCGUGCUUUGAAAAACCGACUGUAAUACAAUCGAUAUCUUGGCCAGUUGCGUUGACCGGACAUGAUAUGAUUUCGAUUGCUAGAACAGGCUCGGGGAAAACUUUAGCAUAUACUUUACCGGGGAUUGUACAUAUGCAAAAUCAAGAACAGCCGGAAAAAGUCCGAGGUCCAGCAGUGCUUAUCUUAGCACCAACAAGAGAGUUGGUGCAACAGAUAAGCUCAAUGGCGAUGAACUUUCACUCUAAAGUAGCAUGUGCUUAUGGUGGUUCUGGACGGGAUCAGCAAGCUAGAACUAUACGCGAAGGAGUAGACAUUUUGGCUGCAGCUCCAGGUCGUUUAUUGGAUUUCUUGAUUGCUGGUGUUUUGAAUCUAAAUCGGUGCACUUAUUUAGUAUUGGAUGAAGCUGAUCGUAUGUUAGACAUGGGUUUCGAACCACAGAUACGUAGAAUUGUAUCCAUGAUUAGACCGGAUCGACAAACUUUGAUGUUCUCAGCGACAUGGCCAAAGGAAGUGCGUACUCUAGCGAAGGAUUUUCUAAGUGAUCCCGUAUUCGUUAAUGUUGGAUCAUUGAAACUUGCCGCAAACAGUAACAUCAUACAACUGGUCACGGUUGUUGAAGAAAAUGAGAAAGAAGAAAAGCUGUUAGAGUUUUUAAAUAGGACGUCAAGCGAGCAACACUGCAAAACAUUGAUUUUCGUUGGUAUGAAACGCACAGCGGAUUGGUUAACACGACUGAUUCGCAAGAAAGGAUAUCCAGCUUUGAGCUUACAUGGUGAUAAGUCUCAAACAGAACGAAAUUUUGUCAUGAACGAUUUUAAAAAUGGUGAAUGUUCGAUUCUAGUCGCAACAGAUGUUGCUGCUCGCGGUUUGGACGUAAAUGACAUUAAAUAUGUCAUCAAUUUCGACUGUCCGAAAAAUAUUGAAGAUUACAUACACAGAAUUGGAAGAACUGCUCGCCAUGAUAAAACUGGUACUUCAUACACCUUGUGCACACGCAGUGAUGCACCUAUAGUUAACGAACUUGUCAGUGUUUUGAAAGAAGCCAAACAAACGGUUCCAUCAGAUUUACUGGAUCUUGUUAGCAGACAUCCCACAAAGUCAUCGAGAAAAAGAUUCUAA